CCCGGGCCGGGCUGUCACCCGCCAUGUGCUCCCAGCUCUGGUUCCUGACCGACCGGCGCAUCCGGGAGGACUACCCGCAGGUGCAGAUCUUGCGCGCCCUCCGCCAGCGCUGCUCCGAGCAGGACGUGCGCUUCAGGGCGGUGCUCAUGGACCAGAUCGCAGUCACCGUGGUUGGCGGCCACCUCGGCCUCCAACUGAACCAGAAGGCACUUACCACUUUCCCGGACGUGGUGCUGGUUCGGGUGCCCACCCCUUCAGUGCAGUCCGAUAGUGACAUCACGGUCCUGCGGCACCUGGAGAAGUUGGGCUGCCGUCUGGUCAACCGGCCACAGAGCAUUUUAAACUGCAUCAACAAAUUCUGGACAUUCCAAGAGCUGGCGGGACAUGGGGUGCCCAUGCCAGACACAUUUUCUUAUGGUGGUCAUGAAGACUUUUCAAAAAUGAUUGAUGAAGCUGAGCCCCUGGGCUACCCGGUGGUGGUGAAGAGCACGAGAGGACACCGGGGAAAAGCUGUUUUUCUGGCAAGAGAUAAACACCACCUUUCAGACAUCUGCCAUCUGAUCCGCCACGAUGUGCCCUACCUGUUCCAGAAGUAUGUGAAGGAGUCCCAUGGCAAAGAUAUCCGAGUGGUGGUGGUUGGUGGCCAGGUGAUUGGCUCCAUGCUUCGAUGCUCUACAGAUGGCCGGAUGCAGAGCAACUGUUCUCUUGGUGGCGUGGGGGUCAUGUGCCCACUGACAGAACAAGGCAAGCAGUUGGCCAUUCAAGUGUCUAAUAUCCUGGGUAUGGACUUCUGUGGCAUUGACCUCCUCAUCAUGGACGAUGGCUCCUUUGUGGUGUGUGAGGCAAACGCCAACGUUGGCUUCCUGGCCUUUGACCAAGCGUGCAACUUAGAUGUGGGUGGGAUUAUUGCUGACUACACCAUGUCCUUGCUACCCAGCAAGCAGACAGGGAAGAUGGCUGCCCUCCCUGGGCUGCCUAGCCCUAGAGAGAAGAAUGAGGGAGAUAGCUGUGCGUCAGCUCAGGGAGUUGCAGAGAGCGUCUACACCACCAACGGUGGGUCUACCUCGAGUGAAAGUGAGCCUGAACUGACAGAGAUCCAGGAUUCCUCAGCAAGCACCACAGGGACUACCCUGCCUAUGCUGUCCGAACCCAGUUACAAUAUUAACAACAGGAUUGCUUCUGAAUUAAAACUUAAGUGAAUGCCUGCUUUGGGGCAGCAUAGAAACCAAAUCCUACUGCUUCCUUAGUAGUUUCAAGUGAAUAAAAUCUGGACUGUUGCGAUUUCAUUUGCACAGAAAGCCUCAAAUCCCAUCUGGGCAUUCAGAAUUCUUUCUAAUAACGAUUUAAGCAACUGAAGGCUUCAUUGUGUGGUUUUUAUGAAGAUGAAGAUAAAAACACCCAGGACAGCAAUCCCGACUGAUCCAUUUGAGAUUAGUGCCUGCUGUGAAUACUCGGAUAUUACAGCUGGUCUGGUAUUGAA